AGGUGAGCCAUUAAGUACUUUUGUUGCCAUUUAAAAGCAUUUCAUGAUGUCCGUCAACAGCUAUUUAAGUUAAAAUGAUAUGUUUAUAGUAUCAAAAAGCGUAUAGUGAUGUUAUUUUCUUAGAAGGAUGUGAUAUCUGUUUAGGAGGAUGAAUCAAUUUCCUUUAAUGCCUUGGGAAAUGUUUACUUUGCUGGUGGAACUGCAAAAUCGUGGAGAUGUCAAUCAUAAGUUUUUAUUUGUUGUUCAUGCAAGCAGAUUUUAAAACAUUGUACAUCAAAUACUAGCCAUUGUGAAUACAUGCUAGAACUACAAUAAUUGUGGUCCUUAUUGCUUUACAUGAGUCCGUUUCUUUUACCUUUUUAUUUUGCAAGCAGUUAAAGAUGUCAAGUCAUGUAUUUGCAUAAGGUACCACUUCCCAGAGUAUACACUAAAAUAUUAUAGUCUUAUUGUUGUGUUGAAAUACAUUCUGAUAUUUUAUAGUGGUUUUAUUGGAUUUGAGAUUACUCAAUCAAAUUCACUGGGGAAUAUUAUUGGUUACCCAGCUAUAGUACACGUGCUGAACUCAGUUUUUGCCGUCUAAGCUCAGUAGCUAGAGCGCACGGCUUUUUGCCAUAAGGUUGGGGUUCGAUUCUUACAGACAGAGUACAAGUUGUAGAAGGUUGUGUACAUUUCUUGGACCAUAAUUCUUACUACCGAGUAACAAGUAACAACAUACUAUUAUUUAUUAAAGGUUUUGGAACGGAACGGCAGGAACAUCGUUCGUGCCUCUGAAAGUUUACCUAGAUUUCCUGUUAAUUAAUACUAGAUUUUACAAUUUGGCUAUGAUUGAGUUUUUAAGGUUUUCAUUUCUUUUCUCUGCGUUAAGAUCUAAUAAAAUAUCGCCUUGUAAACACACAUAUCUCCCCUUAGUUAAAUUUUCUCAUAGCAUACCGAAUUCGGGAUAUAAUUCAGUAGGAAAAUGCACCUUAUUAAAGUCAAAAAUUGAUGUGAAGAAGGUAGCUGUAUUCUGGGACUUGGAUAAUAAACCAUUCAAAUCAUUUUCACCAUUGGAUGUAGCGAGUAGGCUGAAGAAGAUGGCAUCUUCUUUUGGUUAUGUAAGGUAUAAGGUAGCAUAUGCCAAUCUUUAUGCAUUAAGCUAUAUGCCAUCUGCUGUUCAAGAAUUAAGGAAAGAGAGGAAGAUACUGAAUCAGUUGGAGAGCAGUGGCGUGAUUAAUCCCCUUGUCCCUUUUGCAUGUCAAGUCUGUGGGAGGAAAUUCCAUACAAAUGAUAAGCUUUUUAAUCAUUUUAAGAUUCACAUGCGGGAACAGGUGAAACGUUUGAAUCGCCUAGAAUCAUCCAGAGGGUCCCGGAGAAUAAAAUUGGAUGGUAAGUUGUCAAUGAAGAUGGAGAAGUAUAAGAAUGCUGCCAGGGAUGUCUUGACUCCAAAAGUUGGUUAUGGUCUUGUGGAUGAACUUAAGAGGGCUGGGUUUUGGGUACAAUUUGUGUCGGAUAAGCCCCAGGCUGCAAAUACUGUGUUGCGGGAGCAUAUGGUUGAAAUGAUGCAUCGUAAACACGCCGAUUGUGUAGUUCUUGUAUCGGAUGAUCCUGACUUUGUGGAUGUUUUGAGGGAAGCAAGACAAAGAGGUCUUACGACGGUUGUCGUAGGAGAUAGCAAAGAUGGGUCUCUAAAAAGAUGUGCAGAUGUGGAAUUUUCGUGGCAAGAAAUCAUGUUAGGUAAAGCUAAAAAGGAGGCAGUAUCAGUUAUGGGACGUUGGAAGGAUCAACAUGUGCCUGAAAGACUUGAGUGGACAUACAAACCAGAGUCUAAGGAAGAUGAAUCUGACAUAGACAAAUUUGAAUUUGAGAACAAGGAUGGGGAUGUCGAGUCUGAGGUUUUUGGGGCUCAUAUCCAGAAUGAAAUUACUAAGCCUUGGUGGGAACUGGAUUCUGAUGUCGAGGAUCCACCUGCAAAAUCAUUUAAAUAAGUGUUCUUUGGCAUCUAGGCUUUUGAUAUAAUUCAAGAUGUACCAAUUGUGAUGGAUAAUUUUCUAAUCUUCCUUUUCGCAAUUCAACCAUAGUCAAAAUUCUGCUUAAAGCUGUUUCUAAUGGAACUUUAGGUCCUGUUCAGUGUUUCUCCAAGCCUUUUUCAUUUUCUUUUACUUUUAUGUUUAUCCCAACCUUAUCAGUUGAACUACAUAGCACAUUCAUUUAUUAUGACUUAUGAGUAAACCCUCGACUAGCAAAAAGGGGAUUUUUGUGAGAUCUAUUGGUGCCUGGGUACAUUUCCAGUUGUGACAUCCCCACCGGAUCUGUAUUACAGGCAGCAGGCUACUUGACGCUUCUUGUUCAACCAAAUAUUGACUGGUGAUUAGGUUUUGUUAGGGUUACAGAGAUGCCUGGGAUGGUGUGACUGUUUGACCAUCUAAGGUAGGAGUACCUGCUUAGCAACAAGUUACCUGAUUCUUAACCUGUUUUCCUUUGUUAGUAUUGAAUGAAGAAUUUCAUCAAGUAACAUAACAAGAAUCUCAGAUAAAGCAUUCUUGGCGAGUAAAAACACCUCCUUGACUGAAUGCUUCACUUAGUCUUUUCAUGUCCAGGAAUAUGAUUAUAAGCCUAUAAAUACCUCAUACUCUUUUUUCUUUCUUCUUGUACUCCUCGUCACGUACUACCUUAAAAACCAUAUUUAUUCCUUUAAGCUAAUUUUCUGACUAAUAUGAAAACCUACCUAUACUUA